AUGGCCGCGGCCGGCGCUCCGAGAAGCUUCGAAUCCGGUGCUCCGUGCCACGAGACGGAGCUCGGCUUCGGCCCGCCGGAGAAGCUCCGAACCCACGACCAUGAUGACCUUGAUGCUGUUGCUCACCUGCUACGAUGCGAUAAACGCGGGAACCACCCAGCUAGCUCAGAAACGCACCCGCCGGAGCAGGGGGCUCCUGGCUUCCUCCCCCUUCACCGUGGGAGGACACCGCUGGCGCGUCCGGUACUAACGGCGAGCAAGGGGUGGGUGUCCAGCUACCCCUUCCUCGACGAGGACGUCGCCGAGCCGGUGAGGGCGAGGUUCCGGCUCAGCAUCGUGUCGGAGGCGCGGGCGCUGUUCUUCAUCAAGUUCAAGGAAGAGUUGCUGUCUCAUCCCGAAGUGCAGCACGAUUUCACCAGCCGCACCGGUUGGGGGUAUUCGAAGUUCUGCCAAAAUGAGGUUCUGGCUUCGCUGGUGCGUCACCGCGGGCUCGAUCGAUUCAGCAUCAGGUGCGACAUCGUCUUCCUCAACGGGUUCCGCAUGGAGGAGGCGCCGUCGGCCGCCGUUCCCCCGUCCGACCUAGACAGGCACCUCGGCGACCUCCUCCAGAGCGGAAGGGGCACCGACGUGGUGUUCGAGGUCGGCGGCGAGGCGUUCGCCGCGCACCGGUGCGUGCUGGCGGCCCGGUCGCCAGUCAUCAGCGCGGACCUCCUGGGCGCGGCGAGCGACGGCGCCGCAGCAGCCGGCGUGGAGCCGCGGGCGUUCAAGGCUCUGCUCCGCUACGCCUACACCGACUCCCUGCCGGAGAUGGACAAGGAAGAGGAAGACGCCAUUCUCCGGAACCUGCUCGUCGCGGCCGACAGGUACGGCUUGCCGAGGCUCAAGACGAUCUGCGCGGACAAGCUGUGCAGGGUCCUUGACGUCGCCACGGUGGAGAUCGUGCUCGCGCUCGCGGAACAGCAUCACUGCGACAGGCUGAAGGAGGCAUGCCUGCAGUUCCUCGCUGCUCCGGCGAACCUGCGGGCAGUCAUGGACGCUCGUGGCAAGUAGCGGUCUGGAUCGUGCGCUCCUCGUUCAGAAGGCUCUAACACGUAAUGCUCAUGCCGGAAUCGUAAUCAUCGAUCACGGCUCCAGCACUUCUGAUUGUCUUAUGUUGGCUGUGUUUGUUUUAGCUUAUGGCUAAUUUUGAAAAGCUGGAUUUUGAUAAAUUCAAAAAUCAGAUGACUUUUAGAAUCCAGAAUCUAUAAUCAGCUGGAUUCUUGAUUUUAGGAGUCAUCUAACUUUCGAAUUUUCCAAAAUCGAGCCUUUAAAAUUGGCCAGAAGCCGAAACAAACGGGGCUGUUAUCUGCUAGAGUGCUUCUAGUAAUUACUAGGGUGCAUGGCUAGUUCUGAUCCUGUGGAGAAGUACUGUCAUCUGGCCUCUGAAUGAUAGUUAGUAAGGCAACCCUAUGACUGCUGAUUGAUCAGGAUUCAGGAAUUACUUUGAUAUUAUGUGUAUCUAUGCACAUUGAAUAUUCACUAGGCAUCUCUGGUUGUUUCAAUGUUUGUGUUGAAGAAGCUGUGUGCCACAUUGCAUUGCU